AUGGAGGCAGAGGUGAUGGAGGUGGCGGUGGUCGACGGCCGUAGCGCAGGAGGAUUCGGAGUAACGGUGGUAGCACGGGAGUGGCGCCGUCGUGUUCGGCGUAGGGACUGGAGCAGGACGUUUGUGGAAGUUGGAGCGGGCGCAGUCGUGGAGGCAGAAGUUGCGACUGUCAGGCGGUUGGUGCAUUGGAUCCGAUGAUCUCCAAUAAGGCCGAUCCGCACGCGGAAUGUUUGUUUAUACCUGGGCCAUGUUUGGUUAAGUUGAGUGACAACGUUGUGUGUGGGUGGCGCCUGAGACUUGCAAGCAGCCCCCUCGGCUUUGGUGACAGCGAUCUGCUUUGCUUCGCAGAUUGGUUGCGCCAGUCUUCACAUAUUUCCUCCAGGCAGUGGUCCUCACAGGUCUCUGGGUUGAUAUGUAAACGCUUGAGAGGAUUAUUUGAAGUAUCCUUAGAGCGUUGUUUUGGCCCUAACGGUCGACGAGCACCCGUGCCAAUAUCUACGUAGAAGAAUUGUUUAAGUAAACUCGCGUCGUCCAUCCCCACAAAGCAGCCUCUCUGUUGCAGCUAGAGUUAUCUCAGCAUGGCCUAGAUGCUGGGGAUUCCGGUCCUUCCGGAACUUCCGUGUCCGGGAUUCUGUCCUGCCAUCACAGCCUCGGUAUUCUGCCAAAGCAGGUGAAAUGCGAGUGGUUGAACUUCCGGGCAUGGCUUACCUAGACGUUUAGAAAAAACUCAAUUCUGUAUGAUUUUCCAUAGUCCCUCGCGAUCCGUCGUAUCGAGGGCUUUUGUCAAGUCCACCAGGGUAGUGUAUAGGUGCGUCCGAAUUUCCUGAAACUUCUCCUGUAGCUGGCCAGCGACGAAGGCCAUGUCGGUGGCCCCGCAGCGUUGUCAAAAGCUACAUUGAGUUAUCCGCAGUUGUCGUUGGUCGAGGUGACCGUUGAGACGAUUGGGGAGAAGGCGAGCGAAGAUCUUGUCAGCGAUAUUGAGUAACGGGGUGUCUCUGUGGUUAUCACAGAGUUGCCGGUUCUUUUGCGCUCCUCGAAGUCCUGAGGAAUCUGUCCUUGUCACCACAUCUUCUGGAAAAGCGUUGUAAAAUUGUUCAUUUGUCGGUGGCCGUCGUGCAUACUGAUUUUAACUGAGAUCGCAUAGGAGCCUGGUGCUUUCCUUCCGAAGUGUUUUUGCACGGCAAGAAUGGUUUCUGGGAGGGAGGGGGGGAGAUCCAGGCGGAUUUUGAUUUCCACUUAAGGGAGCCACUCAACGGCAGCGUCAGACACUGUGGAAGGGCGGUUGAGGACGCUCCUGAUGUGCUCGACCCAGCGUUUCAAACUCUGCCACUUCUUCGUCAGAGGUGUCGAUCUUUCGGAGCUGAGAAGCGGCGCGGUUCCUUUCGUUCGGGGACUGUAGAUCGCCUUGGUCGCAGCGAGGACGUUUUUCGUUUCAUUGCUGUCUGCACACCUCUGGAUUUUCUCGUUCUUACGAGCCAUCCAGGCGUCCUGCAUUUCUCGACAUCGUUGCUGAGCAAGGCGGCCUCAUUGCUAGAAGACCGCCUUGUUUGCAUCAGAUGGGUGGCCAAUGUAGGCUGUAUAUGGGUUGUUUUCUCCGGCGAGCAGGUUGUUGAUGACUGCGUCGUUUUCGUCGAAACAUUUCCUGAUGUUGAUAGCGUAAGCGACCGUGGACACCAAAGACGGUCGAAUAAACGGCGUCCCGCAGUUAGCACCAUCGGGACUCACGGUGACUUUGACGUCGGGGGCUGACCCGUCUCCCAUGUGUUGAGCCAACCGAUUGCUGAAAUGUAAACGGCGAGCAGGCAAAUUCAAAAUGACGGUAUUCCGCUAGCCUGUUGGUCGCCUAACUUGUGGCCUCCUGUGGGGUUACAGUCGGAGCCCCACCUUGGAGACGAUGAGGCAGUGGUCCGUGCAGCCAUCAGUGUCGCAGAUCGCCUUGGACACCAGCACUUCCCGUCGGUCAUGUCACCGCACGAGAACAUAGUCCAGCAGUUGCCGGCGCCGCGAUCGUGGAGGUAUCUAGGCGAUGUUCUGCGCAGGUUCGCAGGAGAAGGAGACCGUUGUCGUUGCAGCCGUCGUGGGGACCAAGCAGCGUGGUCUGUCUCGACGCGGGCGUUAAAGUCACCAAGAGCAACUAGCUUGUACGCCGUCGACACAGACGCCAGGAGCGCAUGCAGGUCCUCGUAGAACUCGGUCUUCGCCCCGUCAGAGCCGGUUACUGGUGGGACGUAGGCCCUGAUGUUGAUGAUGAUGAUGAUGAUGAUGAUGAUGAUGAUGAUGAUGAUGAUGAUGAUGAUGAUGAUGAUGAUGAUGAUGAUGAUGAUGAUGAUGAUGAUGAUGAUGAUGAUGAUGAUGAUGAUGAUGAUGAUGAUGAUGAUGAUGAUGGGUUGAGAUUACCGAAGAGGCAGGUGCAGGUUCAUCAGUCAGUUGUCGAUACCCUUCGGCAGACAGGGCAGUGA